UGCAGACGGAGCCCCAGCCGCUGCCGAGGUCCUCAGCGCCACUGCCACCGCUGCCCACCACCGGCCAGCAUGUCCUCUGCUCACUUCAACCGAGGCCCCGCCUACGGGCUGUCUGCUGAGGUCAAGAACAAGCUGGCCCAGAAGUAUGACCACCAGCGGGAGCAGGAACUUCGAGAGUGGAUCGAGGGGGUGACAGGACGCCGCAUUGGCAACAACUUCAUGGACGGCCUCAAAGAUGGCAUCAUUCUUUGCGAGUUCAUCAAUAAACUCCAGCCGGGCUCCGUGAAGAAAGUCAAUGAGUCGACCCAAAAUUGGCACCAGCUGGAGAACAUCGGCAACUUCAUCAAGGCCAUCACCAAGUACGGGGUGAAGCCCCACGACAUCUUCGAGGCCAACGACCUGUUUGAGAACACCAACCACACCCAGGUGCAGUCCACGCUCCUGGCCCUGGCCAGCAUGGCCAAGACGAAAGGGAACAAGGUGAACGUGGGCGUAAAGUACGCAGAGAAGCAGGAGCGGAAAUUUGAGCCGGAGAAGCUCCGAGAAGGGCGGAACAUCAUCGGGCUGCAGAUGGGCACCAACAAGUUUGCCAGCCAGCAGGGCAUGACCGCCUAUGGCACCCGGCGCCACCUCUACGACCCCAAGCUGGGCACGGACCAGCCCCUGGACCAGGCCACCAUCAGCCUGCAGAUGGGCACCAACAAGGGAGCCAGCCAGGCGGGCAUGACCGCGCCGGGGACCAAGCGGCAGAUCUUCGAGCCGGGGCUGGGCAUGGAGCACUGCGACACGCUCAACGUCAGCCUGCAGAUGGGCAGCAACAAGGGGGCCUCGCAGCGGGGCAUGACCGUGUACGGGCUGCCGCGCCAGGUCUACGACCCCAAGUACUGCCUGACGCCCGAGUACCCGGAGCUGGAUGAGCCGGCCCCGAACCACCACCUGCACAAUUACUACAACUCUGCCUAGGCCCGGGCCUCCCUGCCUUCCCCGGGGAGGCUGGCUGCUGCUCUCGGCAGGGCCCCGCCCGGCCCCGCCAAACCCUCCCCCUGCAUGGCGCCCUCCAGCCCGCUGGCACCUGCCACAGGGUUAGCGUUGGGGGGAGCAGCCUGGGGGGUCUGUGCGGGGGGAGGGGCCCUCCUCCCUGGAGCGCCCUCCACAGGGUCCACCAUCGAGCCGGGUGUUCCCAACAGCACCCAAAGGACGCACUGAGCAAAGCUACUCCGGCUGUCCCCCCACUCCCUCACAGGUGGGUCCCCCCAGGACGAGAAGCCCCCCAAGCGAAGCCCCCAGAGCCCAGGCUCGGCCUGCCCCCGCCCCAUUCCCGCAGUGGGAGCCAACUGCAUGCCCAGAGACCCAGCGGACACACGCGGUUUGGUUUCAGCGACUGGCGUACGUGGAUGUGACAGCGGCGUUUGUGACGCGAGCACUUUCUUUUUCUAUUUCACUGGAGCACAAUAAACGGCUGUAAAAUCA